AGCUCCCAAGUCCCAAGGACGAAUCGUAGCCAGCUAGAUUUUGGAUUACUAAUUCGGAUAAGUGUUGGGUUAGCCCCCAUACCUCAAAUGCGGAGAAACGAUCAAUAUUUGUUAAACUAAGCCAACACCUAUUAAGUCUUCUCGAAGCCACACUUUACGUUCUAAAUAGAUUGGAAAGUAUUUUGGUGUUGCAUUUGUAUCGGCUGUGGUGAGAUUACACCCCGUUUUUCGCAACAAGAAGAUCGAAGAAUGAAUAAAGAAGCACAUGUGGUGGUGCUUCCAUGGUCGGCCUUCGGACACAUGCUUCCCUUCCUACAACUUUCCUUUGCCUUGGCCAAGGCUGGAAUCAAAGUCUCCUUCGUAUCAACCCCAAGAAACAUCCAAAGGCUCCCCAAAAUUCCUCAAAAAUUAUCAUCUCUGAUACAUUUUGUUGAUUUUCCGUUGCCACCUUUAGAAAACAAGCUCUUACCCAAAGGGGCGGAGGCCACUGUGGACAUCCCCUUUGAGAAAAUCCAGUAUCUGAAGCUUCAGUACGAUCUCCUCCGAGACCCCUUCAAGCAGUUCCUCUCUGAGCAACGACCAGACUGGAUAAUCUUUGAUGCCAUCCCUUUUUGGGCAGCUGAAAUAGUAGAAGAGCACUAUAUCCCUUCCAUCUAUUUCUCAGUUUUCUCUGCUUCUACCUAUGCUUUCCUCGGGCCUCCAGAAGACUUGGCUGGGGAUGAUUGGAAAAGAAUCAGGCCUUCUCCUAAAAGUUUUACUUCUCCUCCUGAGUGGGUGACCUUUCCUUCUUCAUUAGCUUACCGGAGUUUUGAGACUACCGGUUUUUAUCAUGCCUUCUUUGGUGGAAAUGCUUCUGGGAUAUCAGACGCAGAGAGGGUUGCUAAAUCUUUCAGUUCAUGUCAAGUUGUGGCAAUACGUAGUUGUCCUGAGUAUGAAGGUGAGUACUUAAAUCUACUAGAGAACAUUAUGAAGAAGCCGGUACUUCCUAUAGGCCUACUUCCACCAGAGAAACUAGAAAGAAGAAGAUCAAGCGAGGAGAAGGAAUGGAUUGAAAUCUUUGACUGGCUCGACAAGCAAAAGCCCAAGUCAGUGGUGUUCGUGGGGUUUGGAAGUGAGUGCAAGCUGAACAAAGAACAAGUUCAUGAAAUAGCAUAUGGGUUGGAGCUAUCAGAGUUGCCAUUUCUGUGGGCACUUAGGAAGCCAGCUUGGGCUGAUGGUGAUCAUGAUGCUCUGCCUCCAGGCUUUUCUGAUCGUACACAUGACAGAGGAGUGGUGCAGUUCGGGUGGGCGCCACAGUCCGAGAUCUUGGGUCACACACCAAUUGGUGGCUCUCUGUUUCACUCUGGAUGGGGAUCUGUCAUAGAAAUUCUACAGUUUGGGCACUCUCUGAUUUUACUACCAUUUAUCAUUGAUCAACCCUUGAAUGCUAGGGUCUUGGUGGACAAGGGCUUGGCUGUGGAAGUAGAGAGGAAUGAAGAUGGAUCUUUUACUAGGGAAGGUAUAGCCAAAGCAUUAAGACUUGCCAUGGUGUCCGAGGAAGGAGAGAGUCUGAGGAUCAAAGCUCAAGAAGCAGGAAGGAUUUUUGGGGACCAAAAGCUUCAUGCUAGUUACUUUGGUAAAUUUGUUGAAUAUCUGAAGAAAGAGGUUCAAGAUUAAAGAUAACCGUUGAAGAUAAAUGGAACAGUGAAGCAAGGUUACUGUUUAUAUGCACUGUUUAUGUUCAGUUCAGUUUUAAUUAUGUUGUUGAGAAGAUUUUUUUUUAAUUCUUUAAUGUAAUCUUUAUGUAUCUUUAAUUGUAUAUGUGUACUAUGCUCUUUGCUUUAUUGGAUUUAUAUUAUUAUUCAAAUGUAUUAGGUAAAUAUUGUAUGUGGCUAGUGUUAUUUUGUACAAAAUUAAAGCAUACUAAAGUUG